AUGCUUACUGCAGCAUUUGGAAAGGGACACAAUGCAUUUGCCAAUCAACGGAUUGUCUCACAGUGCCCAGGCAGGUUUGUGACCUACAUUGAUAUUCAGGCUUCCUACAGAUACAAACCCGAUCAGUGGAAUUACUUGAAGCAGUUCUGCAGACCUGGUUUUAAGAGUCCUCACAAGUCUGUUGCUCAAGCUCUACGUGAUGAAGAUUGUCCUUUGAUGAUCAUUCCAAGCAGGCCUUUUCUUAAGAGAUGCUUCCUGGACUUCUCCAUGAAGAGUGGUGUGCUAGCUGUGGCAAAUCAGACUACCUUCAAAGAUGGAAGAGGGAAAACAAGAAACGUAACCGACCUCAGGGGAGCUGCAAAGUAGGUUUUACCCUUCUUAAGUGCUUGUGUGUUGGAUUCUGAGACUGUGAAAUAAUUUAGGAAUUGAAAAA